AUGUGUGGAUCACUUCUUUCCAAGUUUAGAAAGGCAAACAAUAAGGUUGACCCAGGAGUAAUUAUCUUUCCCGAGCCUAGACAAAACAUAAGGCCAAGGAAGCCUUCUAAUGAAGACUCUGCAUGUCAUAAAGACAGGGAAUUCUGGGAAAAUGGAGCUCAGGUAGACGUAUCGGAAAUCCCAUGUUCUUUGGCAUCAACUCAUCAGAGCAAGAAAUUGUUAAAAAAUGCGAUACCAAGUCAGUGCGAGGCUAAUUCUGUGCGCACAUUAGAUCGCGCAAAGCCAGUGCUGCCUGCUAUCAACUCAACAAAUGUGGCGUCUCCACUUGUGGCGAAGAAUUCUGAUCAUCUUUUGGAGAGUGCGCGUGAGAUCCUAGCAAUCCAUGGUUACAGGACGUCUUCAAGUUGCAAUGCUGCGCAGCCUCUGACUUCAGUUAAUUCCACUUUUCCGGAACAUAAAACAGCAGUGGCUUUCGACAUAGCUGUCACUGACGAGAAGACGGUCUAUCCAUCUGCGAGAGUUCCGCUGCGUUUAAGGAGACGUGGGCAGGUGGCGCCGGAAAUCACUUUGGCGGAUGUGCAGGAUAAAAUGCGCGCAGCGGAAGAAAGGAAGCUGAAGGAGCUAGAACGCAUACGUGACUGUGCGCGCAGCAGGGCCGGUAACAGGGCUCGGCCACACCCGGCUGAUGUGUCAGCUAAAGCGAUAACGGAGAAAAUUGCUGCAAAGCAAGCUGCAGCUGAAAGGAAGAGAAAAGAAAAGAUGGCUCAUAAAAAGCAAGCAGGUAACCGAGUCUCGCAGAAAAUCGGCAGGAUUGCUCAAGGGAUGGUUUCCGCCAAGACCCAGCUUGAGUUCACCAUUGAACGAAAGAUGCAGGAGACUGAAAAAAGAAAGGUAAAACAACAGCAGAAAGGUGAAAGGAAAAAGAAACAGAAAGAGCUGCGGGAGAAAUAUGCGAAGAAAGUUAAAGACAGAGUAAGUUGAUUUCCUAAUCUAAUUGGUGUGGCAGGCGUGCAUCGAAACGGGAGGGGAAAUGAGUUAAAAGAGACAAGGGAUUUCUCAGGGAGAUUGGGAUUUCGAGCUUCUCUUCCUUCCCCCUCCCCCUCUACUCCCCUGUUUUGCGCCUGCCGACACAAGCUAAUUGCAACUAUAAAAAAUCCCAAUGAUCACCGUUAGGUUCUCACCCAAACGUAAAGCCUCCUUUCAACGAUAAUCAAAUCUCAAAAGUGACAAAAAGCUAGCAAAGGAAGUUUAUUCAGACAAAUGAAAGGAUGGAAAGGUAGCCUACUGAUGACACUCCUCUUGGUAUAUUUAUAAUAAAAUUCACAUGCUCGGGGGCGUAUACUUCUGUACGCACGGUACGCGCGUGUUUACCUGAAAAUGUCAAGGGUAAAAGAAUAGAAUUAAAGGAUCGAAAACAAAGGGAAAAAAGCGAUAACAAUAAGUAAAAACAAAUGAAUAAAUCACAAGUUUUUUAAAGCAAAGUUUGCCUGAGCUUGUUGGCUUAACUAAUGAUACGCGAUUGACAUGCUUCAGUUCAUUUUCAUGGUCAGUAAAAAAGCUUUGACUUCCAACACAGCCCUCUCCUUUAAUCAAGGCAUGCCUGGAAAAGAUUUCGCGCUAAAAGGCAGGGGCAAGGGGGCAGGAGGGCCGAAGGGAGCGGAAGCGGGAUUUGGAAAACUGUGCGUAUCUCUGAAAAAAUCCUGGCUACACCCCUUCUUGCAAAAAAAUCUUUUAAUAUUUCCGGUUUCAGAUGAACCAGAUGAUCAGACAGGAGGAGGAAGAAGUGCUCGAUGAUCUUAAAGAACUGGAGACUUACCUGGCAUCGGAUCAAAGCGAAGACGAGUCUUGGGGAAACGAUCAAGAGGAGAAAGUGGCUUACGAGUGGCAGGAUUUCUUCGCUGACUAA